AUGACACCAAACGAUGGCACCACCUCCAGUCCCUUCCUGAGAUUACCAUUGAAAGUGAAGCACCUGGCUUUUGUUGUUACAAGGGGGUGGAAAUCUGCUGUGGCUACAUCAGUAUUUUUGGAGUGUAACAGUGGCCUUCUGGGGGCAAACAUGUGCCAUUCUAGGGCACAGCAGUGUCCGUUAAGAGCAGCACAGUGCCCUCUAGGAGAGAGCGAUUCCCUUGAACCUUGCAGGGCAUUGUCAAGCAAGUUCAUUGUGGCCAAUAGAGGUAAUAGAGUUAUCAUGCGGAGACGUUGGGAAGCCUGUGAGGACUCCAGCAUUGCAGAUCAGCAUGGUGCGUCACCAAUGGGCCAGCUCACUAUGUAUCCUUCUGAUGCUCGAGUCGAAACCGAUCGUUGA